AUUACCAAAUACAAGAUGGGCUUCAAUGAUGUGAGAAACAAAAACAAAAGAAGUGCUGACCUCAUAAAUAUUCAGACAGUCAACAGAGAUUCAAGUUUGUCAUGUGACACAAAGGAAUGCUGGGAAAUCCUGUGUGACAGCAUGUUGUGUUCGUGUGAAGGUGUGGACUCUGCUAUGGAUCAGUGUGAGGACACAGAGGAGGGACCACUGAAAACCCGUCUGUGUGAGGACCAUGAGAUCCAGAUUAUAGAUCAGAGACCACAGCAGGACACAGCGCCCUCUGCUGGACCUGAACCUGAACCCAGCUUGGUGUCUCUGAAGAGUGACUGGUCAAAGGGACAUCCCAUUUAUUUCAAAGGACAACGAGUGUCUGCUGGACAGAAACCACAGCAGGACACAGCGCCCUCUGCUGGACCUGAACCUGAAUCCAGCUUGGUGUCUCUGAAGAGUGACAGGUCUAUGGACCGUCUCAUUGAUUUCAAAGGACAACGAGUGUCUGCUGGACAGAAACCACAGCAGGACACAGCGCCCUCUGCUGGACCUGAACCUGGACCUGAACCCAGCUUGGUGUCUCUGAAGAGUGACGCUUCUAUAAGACAUCCCAUGAAUUUCAAAGGACAACGAGCGUCUGCUGGACAGAAAGUGAAGCAGCAGAGCUCAGAGGUUCUCAGGGUUCCAUCUGCUCAGCAGCAUCAAACAAACCUGAACCACAUGUUUCUGAAUGUCGAGCAGAACAUGUUGAUGUUUGUUAAAAAUGAGCUGAAGAGCAUCCAGAAGGUUCUCCUGACAGAUGAUGCAGAAUACUUGGAGAGUCAGAGUGAGGAUGAGGAGCAGAGGAGCAGCAGACUGGUUUUCUUGAACCUCACAGUGACCUUGAUGAGGUCAAUGAAUUAUGAUGAGCUGGCUGACUGUCUGCUGAGCAGAACUCGUGCUGAAGUUUGUCGUCGUAAAUUCAAAUCUAACAUGAAGCAGAAGUUUGAGCGUGUGUUUGAGGGGAUCUCUAAAGCAGGAAAGACGACUCUUCUGAAGGAGAUCUACACAGAGCUCUACAUCACAGAGGGCGGGGCUUCAGAGGUCAACGAGGAACAUGAGGUCAGACAGAUUGAAGCAGCAUCCAGGAAAACAGACAAACCACAAAGAACCAUCACAUGUGAAGACAUCUUUAAAGUGUCAGCUGACACACAGCCACCAAUCAGAACAGUGCUGACAAAGGGCGUGGCCGGCAUCGGAAAAACAGUCUUAACACAGAAGUUGACUCUGGACUGGACUGAAGGACGAACCAACCAGGACGUCCACUUCAUAUUUCCAUUCACUUUCAAAGAGCUGAAUGUGCUGAAAGAGAAGAAGUUCAGCUUGGUGGAACUUGUUCAUCACUUCUUUCCUGAAAUCAAAGAAGCAGGAAUCUGCAGCUUCCAACACUUCCAGGUCUUGAUCAUCUUGGACGGUCUGGAUGAGUGUCGCCUCCCGCUGGACUUCCACAGCAAUGACAUCCUGACUGAUGUCACAGAGUCGAGCUCAGUGGAUGUUCUGCUGACAAACCUCAUCAGGAGGAACCUGUUUCCCUCUGCUCACCUCUGGAUCACCACACAACCUGCAGCAGCCAAUCAGAUCCCUCCUGUGUGUGUGGACAUGGUGACAGAGGUCAGAGGCUUCACUGACCCUCAGAAGGAGGAGUACUUCAGGAAGAGAUUCAGAGAUGAGGAGCAGUCCAGAAGAAUCAUCUCCCACAUAAAGACAUCACAAAGCCUCCACAUCAUGUGUCACAUCCCAGUCUUCUGCUGGAUCACUGCUACAGUUCUGGAGGACGUGUUGGACACCAGAGACACACCAGAGCUGCCAGAGACCCUGACUGAGAUGUACAUCUACUUCCUGGUGGUUCAGUCCAAAGUGAAGAAGGUCAAGUAUGAUGUAGCAGCUGAGACAGAUCCACUGUGGAAUCCAGAGAACAGGAAGAUGAUUGUGUCUCUGGGAAAACUGGCUUUUGAGCAGCUGCAGAAAGGGAACCUGAUCUUCUAUGAAGAGGACCUGACAGAGUGUGGCAUCAAUAUCAGAGCAGCCUCAGUGUACUCAGGAGUCUUCACACAGAUCUUUGAAGAGGAGAGAGGACUCUACCAGGACAAAGUCUUCUGCUUCAUCCAUCUGAGUGUUCAGGAGUUUCUGGCUGCUCUUUAUGUCCAUCUGACCUUCAUCCAGUCUGGAGUCAAUCUGCUGUCAGAAGAGCAAACAUCCUGGUGGAAUAAAAUAUUUAUUAAACCUGAACUAACACGUCUCCAUCAGAGUGCUGUGGACGAGGCCUUAAAGAGUCCAAAUGGACACCUGGACUUGUUCUUGCGCUUCCUUCUGGGUCUUUCCCUGCAGACCAAUCAGACUCUCCUACGAGGCCUGAUGACACAGACAGACAGAAUCUCAGAGACCAAUCAGAAAACAGCUGAAUACAUCAAGAAGAAGCUCGAUGAGAAUCUGUCUGCAGAGAGAAACAUCAAUCUGAUCCACUGUCUGAAUGAACUGAAGGAUCGUUCUCUAGUGGAUCAGAUCCAACAGUCCCUGAGCUCAGGACGUCUCUCUGUAGAACAUCUGUCUCCUUCUCAUUUAUCAGCUCUGAUCUUCAUCUUACUGUCAUCAGAUCAACAUCUGGAUGUGUUUGACCUGAAGAAAUACUCUGCUUCACAUGAGGCUCUUCUGAUGCUGCUGCCAGUGAUCAAAGCAUCUAAAAAAACUUUGUUGUCUGUCUGUAAUCUGUCAGAGAGAAGCUGUGAAGUUCUGUCUUCAGUUCUCAGCUCUCAGUCCUCCAGUCUGACAGAACUGGACCUGAGUAACAACCAGCUGAAGGAUUCAGGAGUGAAGCUGCUGUCUGCUGGACUGGAGAGUCCACACUGUCACCUGGACACUCUCAGGCUGUCAGGCUGUCUGAUCACACAUGAAGGCUGUGCUUCUCUGGCCUCAGCUCUGACCUCCAACCCCUCCCAUCUGAGAGAGCUGGACCUGAGCUACAAACAUCCAGGAGACUCAGUCAAGCUGCUGUCUGCUGGACUGGAGGAUCCACGCUGGACUCUGGACUGUCUCAGGGUGGAUCCUGGUGGAGUCCGAUGGCUGAGACCAGGUCUGAGGAAGCAUUUCUGUGAACUCUCUCUGGAUCCAAACUCAGCGAACAGAAAACUCAAACUGUCCAACAACAACACAAAGGUGGAACAUGUGGACGAGGAUCAAUCAUAUCCUGAUCAUCCAGACAGAUUUGACCUUUGCCCUCAGGUCCUGAGUCCAACUGGUCUGACUGGUCGCUGUUACUGGGAGGUCGAGUGGAGACGAAACGUUUAUAUAUCAGUGACUUACAGAAGAAUCAGAAGGAAAGGAGACAGAGAGGACUGUGUGUUUGGACGUAAUGAUCAGUCCUGGAGUCUGAUCUGCUCUGAUGGUUGUUAUUAUUCAGUCUGUCACAAUAACAGACACACGGACCUUUGUCUCUCUCCUUCGUCCUCUCACAGAGUCUCAGUGUUUGUGGACUGUCCUGCUGGCACUCUGUCCUUCUAUGACGUCUCCUCUGACUCUCUGAUCCACAUCCACACCUUCUGCUGCACGUUCACUGAACCUCUGUGUGCUGGGUUCAGGUUCUGGUCUGGUUCUGGUUCCUCAGUGUCUCUGUGUGGACUGUAGGACAGAGAGUCUCCUCCUGUGGACAGAAACACUCGAUCACACACGUUUGGACAGUAAAUGUCCAGCUGGUUUGAUUUUGACGUCUCAGUUGUUGUAAAUUCAGCCUGUAAACUAACAUGAUUUUCACAUGAUUGACAGUUUGUUUGUUUGUUUGUUCAAAGAAACAAACAA